AUGUCGUCGUCGGGGAAGAUGGAGGGGCCGUCUGCCCCGGCAGUGCGUCGGGACCCCUACGAGGUGCUCAGCGUGCCCAGGGAUUCCUCCGACCAGGAGAUCAAGUCCGCCUACCGCAAGCUCGCACUCAAGUACCACCCUGACAAGAAUUCUAGCAACCCAGAAGCAUCAGAACUCUUCAAAGAAGUUGCAUAUUCUUAUAGCAUCUUGUCAGAUCCUGAGAAAAGGAGGCAGUAUGACACAGCUGGUUUUGAGGCGUUAGAAAAUGAAGGAAUGGAUAUGGAAAUUGAUUUGUCCAAUCUUGGAACUGUAAACACAAUGUUUGCAGCACUUUUUAGCAAGCUUGGUGUUCCUAUCAAGACCACAAUAUCUCCUACUGUGCUGGAAGGGGCUAUGAAUGGCACAGUUACAGUGAGACCACUCCCUGUUGAAACAUCAGCUACGGGAAAGGUUGACAAGCAAUGUGCUCAUUUUUUUGGCGUAACAAUAAGUGAAGAACAAGCUCAUUCUGGAAUAGUCGUCAGAGUGACUUCACCUGCUCAAAGUAAAUUUAAGCUUCUUUACUUCGAGCAAGAAGUUAAUGGAGGUUAUGGACUUGCUUUGCAGGAGGAUAGUCAAAAGACUGGCAAGGUGACAUCUGCAGGCAUGUAUUUCUUGCAUUUCCAGGUGUACCGUAUGGACUCAACAGUGAAUGCGUUGGCAAUGGCCAAAGAUCCUGAAGCUGCCUUCUUUAAAAGGUUGGAAGGUCUCCAACCCUGUGAAGUGUCAGCUCUCAAAGCUGGAACCCAUAUAUUUGCUGUAUACGGUGACAAUUUUUUCAAGCCAGCUAGCUAUAUAAUUGAAGCGAUGUGCGCAAAGAGUUAUGAAGACACAACAGAGAGGCUGAAGGAAAUAGAAUCUAAAAUUCUAGCGAAGCGGAAUGAUCUGCGUCAAUUUGAAACUGAGUACAGAAAAGCUUUGGCACGGUUUCAAGAAGUCACCAACAGAUAUACACAGGAGAGAGAAGCGGUUGAUGAUAUGCUGAGGGAGAGGGAUAAUAUCCAUUGCUCGUUCACAACUGAACGAACUUUGGUAAACCCUGUUGGUGCUGGUAGUAGCAGUAGUAGGUAUACCGUCGAGCAGAGCAUUCCCGAGAGCCCUGAGAAUGGUAGCGUAGAUGGCAGAGACAAAUCUGGCAAAAAGAAGUGGUUUAAUCUAAAUCUUAAUAGGUCCGACAAGAAAGCCUGA